GGUAGGAUAUCAUCUAGCUUAAAGUGAGGUGUUAGGAUAAAGGGAGCCAUGUCUCUGAGAUUCCUUGUCAGCACAUAUUGUGCAAUUACUGGGGUUUUUAUCGCUUUGGCUGUACAAGAUGAGGACCUGCAUGUGCAGUGUGGUAUGGAGAAUAUGCAAGUUGUCAUUCCAAGACACAUAAAGCAUAACGCUAAACUGAAGGUUCUACAUAAAAGUGGAAAAAUGGACCUCUUGCAAACUGACACUUCCUGCAGUCUUUGGGUGACCCAGAAACCAGAUGGCUCUGUGAUCGUUGGAACUGCUUAUGAAGGCUGUUACGUCACUCAAACUGACAGAGACUUUGUAAUGACUCUCGGCUUUCCAACAAAACAAGAUGGUAGGAAGAAAGUAAUUUUAAGGAAAGAGCUCAAGUGUUCUAUGGAGUCAUAUGAUGAUGCUCCAAGUUCAGACCAAUGUGCUGCAGUCUCUAAACCUGACAGACUGAGCUGUCCUAGUUUGCAAGACUCGUGUACAAGUAUAGGUUGCUGCUAUGAUCCUUCAGACCAGACAACUCCAUGUUACUAUGGCAAUACAGUUACUGCUAGCUGCACACCAGAUGGUCUUUUCUCAAUUGCUGUUGCCAGCGCCCUGACUGCACCAAUGCUGGACCUGAACUCUGUUCACUUACUUGGCAGUGGUGCCGAAUGUGACCCAGUGGCCAGAAAUGAUGCAUUCCUGCUGUAUACAUUCCCUCUUUCUUCCUGUGGGACAACAUUGAAGGUGGUUGGAGAUCAGGCCAUGUAUGAGAAUGAGCUGCUUGCCACCGACACUGUACAGAUAUGGAAAGGAAUAUCCAUUACCAGAGAAACCACAUUCAGGUUGCUGAUUCGUUGCAGUUUUGCAGUCACUGGUUUCCUGCCGCUGAAAGUACAAGUUAUAACUUUGCCACCCCCACCACCAUUAUUCAGUGAAGGGCCAAUGAAGUUUGACAUGAGGAUUGGUGUAGAUUCACAGUACAGUAACUACUAUGAAGACCGGGACUAUCCAGUGGUAAAGGUACUGCAGGAUCCAGUGUAUGCUGAGGUUCGGUUACUUGGCAAGAGUGACUCAUACCUUAGCCUUGUGCUGCACCAGUGCUGGGCUACCCCAACCACAGACCCAUUGUAUGAGAUACAGUGGCCAAUACUUGUUAAUGGAUGCCCAUUCCCUGGUGACAAUUACAUCUCUGAGCUGAUGCCAAUUGAUGGCACCUCAACAAUUAUGUUCCCGACCCACUACUCCCGCUUCAGUCUGAAGACCUUUAUCUUUGUGGAUAAGAACACUGGUCAACCCCUUGGAGGACAGGUGUAUAUACACUGCAGUGUUUCAGCAUGUAUGCCCAGCCUUGAAGAGACCUGCACAUCAACAUGUUCUAGAAGGAAAAGGUCAAACAUCCUCAUGGAUAAUAGUAAAACUGUUUUGGUCUCCUUGAAUAUCCCUGUGUACUUUGAGGGCUUCCUGCAAAAUAUGCAAAAAGAUCCAAAAGCCUAUGGAGUCCAAAGACUGUCCCUGCCACAGGAUCAGAUAAACAUUGCGUUGGUGACAUUGGGGAUGUUGGGAGUUUUGCUCUUGACUCUUUCUACCUGGGCCUUUAACAGACAGAGAAAAUCUAGGUCUUUGCUCAUCAGCAAACCUUCCUCUGAGAAGAAAACACCAAUGCAUAUCAGAUCUGUAUCCAGUAAUGUCAUGAAAUAAAGUGUUGUGUGGUUUUGUUUUUUGAAGCCAGUGGCUUUUGAUUUGUGCCGUGGAAAGGUGCUGGAAAAUGGGAUCCUGUCAUCCUAGAAAUGAGUGAUCUUUUUGUAUAUUUGGUCAGUCUUGUCAUUUAAUAAUUUGAAGCGAGUCGCUGAUCUAGAAUGACGCCUUCAGGGUGUCAGCAGGCUGACCCACCUAUCACAUUUUUCUGUGUGGUUUAGUGUUUGCCAACCCAGCUUUUUUUCCAUGAAAUGUAUAAGCCUAGUCCAUAUGAU